AUGUCUUUUUCAACUCAAUCUAAUACUCAAAAUGCAAGUAAAAUUAAUCAAAUGAGAAGAGAUUCAACUGUUUUAGGUCAAAUGAAUAAAAUACUUGUUGCUAAUAGAGGUGAAAUUCCAAUUCGUAUAUUUAGAACUGCUCAUGAAUUGUCAAUGCAAACUGUUGCUAUAUAUUCUCAUGAAGAUAGAUUAUCAAUGCAUAGAUUAAAAGCUGACGAAUCUUAUGCUAUAGGUAAAAAAAAUGAAUUUACUCCUGUUGGUGCUUAUUUACAAAUUGAUGAAAUUAUAAAUAUUGCAAAACAACAUAAUGUUAAUAUGAUUCAUCCUGGUUAUGGUUUUCUUUCCGAAAAUAGUGAAUUUGCAAAAAAAGUUGAAGAAAAUGGUAUAAUUUGGAUUGGUCCAAGUUAUAAAACUAUAGAUUCCGUGGGUGAUAAAGUUUCCGCAAGAACUUUAGCUAUUGAAAAUGAUGUGCCUGUUGUUCCUGGAACUCCUGGUCCAGUUGAUAAUAUUAAAGAUGCAAAAACAUUUGUUGAAAAAUAUGGUUUACCAGUUAUUAUAAAAGCUGCUUUUGGUGGUGGUGGUAGAGGUAUGAGAGUUGUUAAAGAAGGUGAUGAUAUUGAAGAUGCUUUUAAAAGAGCUACAUCUGAAGCAAAAACUGCUUUUGGUAAUGGUACUUGUUUUAUUGAACGAUUUUUAGAUAAACCAAAACAUAUUGAAGUUCAAUUAUUAGCUGAUAAUUAUGGUAAUGUUAUACAUUUAUUUGAAAGAGAUUGUUCUGUUCAGAGAAGACAUCAAAAAGUGGUUGAAAUUGCACCUGCAAAAAAUUUACCUAAAUCUGUUAGAGAUGCAAUUUUAACUGAUGCUGUUAAAUUGGCAAAAAAUUGUAAUUAUAGAAAUGCUGGUACAGCUGAAUUUUUAGUUGAUGAAAAAAAUAGACAUUAUUUCAUUGAAAUAAAUCCAAGAAUUCAAGUUGAACAUACAAUUACUGAAGAAAUUACUGGUGUUGAUAUAGUUGCAGCUCAAAUUCAAAUUGCAGCUGGUGCAAGUUUGCAACAAUUGGGUUUAUUACAAGAUAAAAUCACAACAAGAGGUUUUGCAAUUCAAUGUAGAAUUACAACUGAAGAUCCAGCAAAAAAUUUUCAACCAGAUACUGGUAAAAUUGAAGUUUAUAGAUCUGCUGGUGGAAAUGGUGUUAGAUUAGAUGGUGGUAAUGGAUUUGCUGGUUCAAUUAUCUCCCCACAUUAUGAUUCAAUGUUGGUUAAAUGUUCAUGUUCUGGUUCAACAUUUGAAAUCGCAAGAAGAAAAAUGAUUCGUGCUUUAAUUGAAUUUAGAAUAAGAGGUGUUAAAACAAAUAUACCAUUUUUAUUGGCUUUAUUGACAAAUGAAACUUUUAUUGCUGGAAACUGUUGGACAACUUUUAUCGAUGAUACUCCAUCAUUAUUCCAAAUGAUUAGUUCACAAAAUAGAGCAACUAAAUUAUUAUUAUAUUUAGCAGAUUUAGUUGUAAAUGGUUCUUCAAUUAAAGGUCAAAUUGGUUAUCCAAAAUUAGAAACUGAAGCUUUAAUACCUGAUUUACAUGAUCCAAAAACUGGUAUUAAAAUUGAUAUUAAUCAUAUUCAACAACCACCAAGAGGUUGGAGACAAGUUUUAUUGGAAGAAGGUCCAGAAAGUUUUGCUAAAAAAGUUCGUGAAUUUAAUGGUUGUUUAAUUACUGAUACAACUUGGAGAGAUGCUCAUCAAUCUUUAUUGGCAACAAGAGUUAGAACUAUUGAUUUAUUAAAUAUUGCUUCUACUACAGCUUUUGCAUUAAAUGGAGCAUUUUCCUUAGAAUGUUGGGGUGGUGCAACUUUUGAUGUUUGUAUGAGAUUUUUAUAUGAAGAUCCAUGGGUUAGAUUAAGAAAAUUGAGAAAGUUAGUUCCAAAUAUUCCAUUUCAAAUGUUAUUAAGAGGUGCAAAUGGUGUUGCAUAUUCAUCAUUACCUGAUAAUGCAAUUGAUCAAUUUGUUAAAGAGGCUAAAGAUAAUGGAGUUGAUAUAUUUAGAGUUUUUGAUGCAUUAAAUGAUUUAGAACAAUUGAAAGUUGGUGUUGAUGCUGUUAAAAAAGCAGGUGGUGUAGUUGAAGCAACCGUUUGUUAUUCAGGUGAUAUGUUAAAACCUGGUAAAAAAUAUAAUUUAGAAUAUUAUUUAAAAGUUGUUGAUGAAAUUGUUAAAAUGGGUACACAUUUCCUUGGUAUCAAAGAUAUGGCAGGUACAUUAAAACCAACAGCAGCAAAAAUUUUGAUUAGUUCAAUUAGAGAAAAAUAUCCAAAUUUACCAAUUCAUGUUCAUACUCAUGAUUCUGCUGGUACUGGAGUUGCUUCGAUGACUGAAUGUGCAAAAGCUGGUGCUGAUGUAGUUGAUACUGCAUCAAAUUCAAUGUCUGGUAUGACUUCACAACCAUCUAUAUCAGCAAUUUUAGCAUCAUUAGAAGGUAAUAUAAAUACAGGAUUAUCAGAAUCUUUAAUUAGAGAAUUAGAUUCAUAUUGGGCUCAAAUGAGAUUAUUAUAUUCAUGUUUUGAGGCUGAUUUGAAAGGUCCAGAUCCUGAAGUUUAUCAACAUGAAAUUCCAGGUGGUCAAUUAACAAAUUUAUUGUUCCAAGCUCAACAAUUAGGUUUAGGUACAAAAUGGUUACAAACUAAAGAAACUUAUAAAAUUGCCAAUAAAAUUUUGGGUGAUUUAGUUAAAGUUACACCAACUUCUAAAGUUGUUGGAGAUUUAGCACAAUUUAUGGUUAGUAAUAGUUUAACAGAAGAAGAUGUUAAUAGAUUAGCAUCAGAAUUAGAUUUCCCGGAUUCCGUUUUAGAUUUUAUGGAAGGUUUAAUGGGUACACCUUACGGAGGUUUUCCUGAACCACUUCGUACUAAUAUGUUAUCAAAUAAACGUCAAAAAUUAAAUAAAAGACCAGGAUUAACAUUACAACCAAUUAAUUUUGAAUUAAUCAAGCAAGAAUUAAUAUCUAGAUAUGGUACAAAUAUAACAGAUACUGAUAUUGCAUCAUAUGUAAUGUAUCCAAAAGUUUAUGAACAAUUUAGAAAAAUUUUAGAUAAAUAUGGAGACUUAUCAGUUUUACCAACAAGAUAUUUUUUAAAACCAUGUAAUAUAGGUGAAGAAAUUGUUGUUGAUAUUGAACAAGGUAAAACAUUAAUUAUUAAAUUAUUAGCAACUGGUGAAGUUUCAAAUAAAACAGGUGCAAAAGAAGUUUUUUUCGAAUUAAAUGGUGAAAUGAGAUCAGUUACAGUUGAUGAUAAAACAGUAGCUGUUGAAACUAAAUCAAGACCAAAAGCUCAACAACCAAAUGACGUUGGUGCACCAAUGGCUGGAGUUGUUAUUGAAAUUAGAGCUCAUAAACAUCAGGAAGUUAAAAAAGGUGAUCCUAUUGCUGUUUUAUCAGCAAUGAAAAUGGAGAUGGUUAUUAGUGCUCCUGUUUCUGGUAUGGUUGGUGAUUUAUUAAUUAAAGAGGGUGAUUCUGUUGAUGCUAACGAUUUAAUAACAAGCAUUCUGAAACAUGCUUAA